AUGGUCAUGCUUGCACCUGUGCAGGCAUCCCUCAGCAGCCUGAGCCUGCAUGGGGCCGGCGCGGCGCUGAGGCCCUUCACGACGUCUUCAUCCAUGCGUCAGAGGAAAUGCACGAUCAGCUGCCGCAGCAUGGAGGCCGGUGUGGGAAUCUUCGGCACCAAGGCUGGCAUGACGUCCAUCUACAAGGAUGGCAACAUGCUCCCCGUGACGGUGGUGGCCCUCGAGCCCGGCAACAUCGUGACCCAGCUCAAGUCGGAGGGCCGGGAGGGGUACAACUCCGUGCAGGUGGGGUACCGCGUCGUCCCCGACCGUAAGAUCACCAAGCCAGAGCGCAACCACCUGGCCAAGGCGGGCGCGCCGCCCAUGAAGUUCCUGAGGGAGUUCAAGGUAAAGGACACCCAAGGACUUGAGCCUGGUCAGGCCUUGAACAUUGCCUCGAUGUUUAAGGAGGGCGACUUUGUGGACGUUGCCGGCACGAGCAUCGGCAAGGGAUUCCAGGGCUGCAUCAAGAAGUACAACUUCCACCGGGGAGCGAUGACGCACGGGUCCAAGUCCAAGCGCGAGCAUGGCAGCAUCGGUCCCGGCACGACCCCGGGUCGCGUCUUCAAGGGCGUGAAGAUGCCGGGACAGAUGGGGAACGAGCGUGUCAAGAUCCGCAAAGUGGAGGUGCUUCUGGUGGAUGAGGAGAACGGUGCGCUGGUGCUCAAGGGAGGACUACCGGGCAAGGCUGGCAACGUGCUGGAGAUCUGUCCGGCCAAAAUCGUUGGUGUGAAUGUCUGA